UCUCCUCCAAACCGCGCAGCAUCAUCAUCACUCGGUUCACAGCAACAGCCUCGUACGCAUCAUCAUCCUCAUCCUCCUCCUCAUCCUCCUCAUCACCAUCUCCGGGCUGAAGAGGGAAUCACAUCGCAGGGAUAACGAAGGAGAGCCUGCUGUCAGUCAAGUGACUGACAACUCUUGAGGUGUAUCCUGAACAAAACUGAAGCUUCAGGUGGCCUCUCCUCUACGUCUUUGACCACUUUUGCAUCUUCUGAACCUCUUAAAAAUGGAGGAGGGCUACCAAAACCGGACUGCCUUCAUAAAAGGCGCCAAAGACAUUGCCAAAGAAGUCAAGCGCCAAGCAUCUAAGAAGGUCGGCCGUUCAGUGGACCGGAUGAGCGAUGAGUACAGCAAGCGCUCCUACAGCCGUUUUGAAGAGGACGAUGACGAUGACUACCCCAUGCAGGGAAGUCAGGACGGAGGCUAUUACCGUGGAGACAGCCAGGCGGCCAACGACGACGAGGGUGGCCACAGUGACUCCACAGAGGGUCACGAUGAGGAUGAUGAGAUCUACGAGGGCGAGUACCAAGGAAUUCCCAGGGCUGAAUCAGGCAAAGGCAGCCUGGCUGGAGGCCCAGGUUCGGUGAGGGCCGGCGAUCAGCAGUUCAGAGAUGUUGGGGUGUCCGAGGGAGAGAGGAGGAAGGACCAAGAGGAGCUGGCUCAACAGUAUGAGACCAUUUUACAAGAAUGUGGUCACGGGAAGUUCCAGUGGACCCUGUACUUUGUGCUGGGCCUGGCUCUCAUGGCAGAUGGUGUGGAGAUCUUCGUGGUCGGGUUUGUUCUGCCCAGCGCUGAGAAGGAUAUGUGCCUGUCUGAACCUAACAAGAGCAUGCUAGGUCUGAUUGUAUAUUUUGGGAUGAUGGUUGGGGCUUUCCUCUGGGGGGCUCUGGCUGACCGGAUAGGCCGCCGCCAGUCUCUUCUCAUCUCUCUCUCAAUCAAUAGUAUCUUCUCCUUCUUCUCCUCCUUCGUCCAGGGCUACAGCACCUUUCUGUUUUGCCGACUCCUCUCAGGUGUUGGGAUUGGUGGCUCGAUUCCCAUCGUGUUUUCCUACUACUCUGAAUUUCUGUCCCAAGAGAAGCGUGGUGAGCACCUCAGUUGGCUCUGCAUGUUCUGGAUGAUUGGGGGGAUUUACGCAUCUGCCAUGGCCUGGGGUAUCAUCCCACAUUAUGGAUGGAGCUUCCAGAUGGGCUCGGCGUAUCAGUUCCAUAGCUGGCGUGUGUUUGUGUUAGUGUGCGCAUUUCCUUCUGUUGCCGCCAUCGCUGCCCUCAGUGCCAUGCCAGAGAGCCCACGCUUCUACUUAGAGAACGGCAAACAUGACGAAGGCUGGAUGAUUCUGAAGCUAGUCCAUGACACUAACAUGCGAGCAAAGGGAUACCCAGAGAGGGUGUUUUCUGUCACCACAAUUAAGACGGUGAAACAGAUGGAUGAGUUGGUGGACACUGGCACCGAUACCCCAGUCUGGCAGCGCUACAGGCUGAAGAUUAUGAGCCUCUCCGCACAGAUUCGGAACAACAUUCUUGCCUGCUUCAGACCAGAAUAUAAACGGACAACUUUCAUGCUCAUGGCUGUUUGGUUUAGCAUGUCUUUCAGCUACUACGGUCUGACGGUGUGGUUCCCAGACAUGAUCAAGUACAUCCAAAAGCAGGAAUAUGAAUCACGGACAAAGACCUUCACUAAGGAACGAGUGGAUCAUGUCACUUUUAACUUCACCCUGGAAAAUCAAGUGCAUCGCCAAGGACACUACUUCAAUGAUAAGUUCCUCAGCUUGAAGAUGAAGUCAAUGGUGUUUGAAGACUCAGUGUUUGAGGAGUGCUACUUCGAGGACAUCACCUCCACACACACCUUCUUCAGAAACUGCACCUUCAUUGCAAGUUUGUUCUAUAACACAGAUUUGUUCAAAUACAGGUUUGUCAACUGUAAACUGGUCAACAGCACGUUCCUCCACAACAAGGAGGGCUGCAUGCUCGACUUCAGUGACGACUUCAACAAUGCCUACAUGAUAUACUUUGUCAACUUCCUCGGCACGUUGGCGGUGUUGCCUGGCAACAUCGUGUCAGCUCUAUUAAUGGACAAAAUUGGGCGUUUAAGGAUGCUGGCGGGAUCCAGUGUCAUAUCCUGCAUCAGCUGUUUCUUCCUGAUGUUCGGCAACAGUGAGUCAGGGAUGAUCGCCCUCUUGUGCCUGUUUGGUGGCAUCAGCAUCGCCUCGUGGAACGCCCUGGAUGUGAUAACAGUGGAGCUCUACCCCUCAGAUAAAAGGACCACAGCGUUUGGUUUCCUGAAUGCCCUCUGCAAGCUGGCGGCCGUCCUGGGCAUCAGCAUCUUCCAGUCAUUCGUCGGCAUCACCAAGGCUGUUCCCAUCUUAUUUGCCGCUGGUGCGCUCGCUGCAGGUAGUUUCCUUGCAACAAAGUUGCCUGAAACACGAGGCCAAGUGUUGCAGUAAAGCAAAAUGACCAGCAGUGGGCAGCAGAGCACAGCUGGAGUGUGUGUUUGACAACUAAGAGCCCGAACAUCCCUGAGAGCUUCAGCGCUGCCCGUCACACACCAACAGAGUAGACUGCCAUCCCCAUUGUAAGCCCAGAAUCCUCUGAAAUAUGGAUUGCAUCAUUUAAAGUCAAUACAGAGCCACAGCGAUUUAAGAGAAGAGCAGCAGAAUUUAAAACCUGUGUCAUGAUUACACAACUACAUCUGAAUGAUUCAGCUGCACCAUCAGGUACCUAAAACAUCCGAUCUUUUCAAAAGUGCAACAUGCACAGGGUGAUGCAGUACAAAUUGUGGUGUGUAGGAUGGAUAAAAUGUUAAUUUCUGGGAGUUUUCUCUCACUGGCCCACAGAUCUACAAUAUCAAACACAACUGAGCAGACAGAUGUCAAAUGGGGAGAUUAGACUGAAAAAAGAAAAGCCAUUUACAGGGGAGCGCAAUGAUUUAGUCUACCCGUGUGGUCGGUUUUCAGAUGUGAAUGCAGUGUUUUCCUUUCUCGUCUGUCCUCAGCGGCCUCAGUGUCUGGCUUUCAGUGCUGCUUUUUCAUUUGCUGCUUGUACAAUUCACUUCACAUUUCCAUUUGGGCUGAUGCUUGUGCUUUGAUGAAAUGUUUUUCUUUUGAAAAGAUCUCACAGUGAAUUUCAGGGUGAAUAUGUUGUACAAAAAAAAAACAAAAAAAACACCCACGACCUUCGACCACUGCCUGCUUCUGAAGCCAGACCUGUUUCAACCAAAUAAUAUUCAAACAUUCCAGUGAGGCUUGAUUUAUUCAGAAACGGUCAUUCUUCCUUUGUCCUGCAUAAAUCCAGUCUACUCCUCUGCCGAUAGCCUCAGAGCACAGACAGGUGAAGAUGCAUUUCACAGGAUUCUCUGAUAUAAAUGGGAAUAGUUUGAUCCAGCUCCUCAGUGUUGAACUAAUGUUUUUCCCUCCCUGUUGCUGAACCAUACAGCUGUGGCAGUGUGACGUCUGCAACACGGGGACGUCUGUGGGACGGAUUUUGGUCAAGUGCUAAAUGUGAGAGCAGAUAGUGUAAUAUUUGCCUGAGUUAGUCGUGUGAGUUUGCAUGUGUGUCUUUGUAAUGUGAGACGAGAGAGAGUGUCCUGUGUUUCAUGCAAAUCAGUGCAGCCAUGUGGACCAUAAUAUUUUAACUGAUCCAACAGCAGAAUGUACAGAACAGCGGUCACGUGUUAAUAUUUACAAAUGAUAUCAAAUAACUCAUUCAGUAGCUCAGGUGUGGUGAAAUAUUUACGCCUCGUUUACAGCUGGUACAACGUUAGAGCGCCACUCCACCAAAUUAAUAUACGUGCAGGAGAGUUUUCUGAUUUAAAUAAAAAAAAAGUCCAGCUCCAUCUCACGCAUAGCGGCAUUAAUUAGCCUUAAUGUGAAAACAAGUCAUAUGAUUGAGUGUGACAGUUCAUUCGUGACCUCAGAAACAAUAGUUUGACAAAAAAAAAUCUUCAGCCAAGAUCCACUUACUAGCUUUUUGGAGAACUUUCAACUGCAUCUCGCUCUUUGUUCGCAAUUGGCGUAGUGUUCAUAGAGAGUGAAAGCUCUGAAAAAAGUUUACUUUUUUUUGUCAAAACCACUUUGUUUGUCUUGUCUUUUUCUGUUUGGUCUUAAUGAAGUAUCCUUUCUUAAAAUUGUGUUAAAGCUGGGGUAGGGAAUUUUCUGGAAAACAAAGGAAGAAUUUGAAAAUGACCACAGGCAUGUGCAUGUGCUUCAUACAGUAAUCCAGUGUUUCCCAUACAUCUUAUUUAACUGCAGAGUUGUUGCAUUCGCUCACCGUCCUCCUGCCCCGCUCUUUCUCUCUGUUUAUCAAAAAUGAGACAAAAAUAAGGUAGCUAGCAUAUCCUGUGGUCCGUCUGCCUCACUCCCUGCCGCUACAGACUAUUUCACCAGGAGGAGAGUGAGCCACAGCUUAGGAGUUGGACCUUCAGUCAGCAGCUGUAGUAAAUUCAGCCAGCUCAAACCCCUCUGUGCAACGUUUAGCGCCUGGUCUUACCUGUGUAACAGCAGCAACAGAAAGUUUGCUGAUCUGGUGUGGAGUCAGGGCUGUCUGGAUGUCAGGUGCUGGGGUUAACGCUGGCUGGAUUUAAAGUUACUCCAGCUGCGCACUGAAGGUCUGUGCCUGUAAAGCCCUAUGACAUGACAUAUUGUGAUUCAAGGCUCUAGCUAAUGUUAACUACUUAAACGUGAACUUUAAGCUGCAGCCAUGAGCUUUUUUCUUCAGUUAGCAGGAAGCUAAACUGUUAGCAACAUUUUCUCCAUAUCAUGAAACGCUUUGCAGAUAUGGACACACUCUUUUUUUUGUAUCGUUUAUAGUCAGACUCUCUUUUAGACUCUCAUUUUGAUGA